AUGGCGGAUGGUGAUGAUGGUGGGGGUGGUGGUUUUUUAUUCAAUAGCAAUGUUAGUUCCGUGCUAGCUGGCAUGGGUUCAGCUUUGAUUGUGCUGCUACUAUACCGAUGCAUGUCCAUGUUCUUGUGCAUCCGCCAUCCUCUCACAACUGAACAAGAGCAGGCUCGGUCCCCGCCGGCCGGCACCCAAUCUAGUACUUUGAUGAAUUCGGUGGCGCAUAUGAUCCCAUCCCACAAGUACGACAAGAAAGAUGAUGAUUGCACAACAUGUGCAGUGUGCUUGGGAGAGUUCGAGGAGGGCUUUCUGCUUUGCUCUGAGUUUGCUUUUGUUUUGUAUGUUCUUGGGAAUGGUGACUGUGCAGCUGAACUUGGCAUCUUCUCCUAA